GAACAAAACCCAGUGAUGGAGGUCGGCUCCACAGAAGCCAGUAGCAGCUCCCAGGGAAGCACCGGCUGGCUGGAUCUCACCCUUGUCACCUGCACUGAAACGGUGACUUUCACUGAAGUGGUGGCGGAAGAGGAGUGGGGAUCCUUUUACUAUUCUUUUAAGACAGAGCAGCUGGUGACUCUUUGGAUUCUCUUUAUUGUCACUAUUGCUGGGAAUGCCAUUGUGCUCUUCUCUACCUGGAGGAGGAAGCGGAAAUCUCGAAUGACCUUCUUUGUUACACAGUUGGCAAUCACAGAUUCAUUCACGGGACUCAUAAACAUAAUGACUGACAUCAUUUGGCGCUACACUGGAGACUUCAUGGCUCCUGAUAUCGUCUGCAGAGUCGUUCGCUACUUCCAGGUGGUCCUUCUAUAUGCCUCGACUUAUGUCCUCGUGUCACUAAGCAUAGACCGGUAUCAUGCCAUAGUUUACCCAAUGAAGUUCUUGCAAGGAGAAAGACAGGCGAAAGUUCUUAUUGGAGUGGCCUGGAGCCUCUCUUUCCUGUUUUCCAUACCAACUCUGAUUAUUUUUGGGAAACGGCAGCUCUCUAAUGGGGAAGUGCAGUGCUGGGCUCUCUGGCCCGAUGACUCCUACUGGAUACCCUACAUGACAGUGGUGGCUUUCCUGGUGUACUUCAUUCCUCUGAUCAUUAUCAGUGUCAUAUACUCAAUCGUGAUUCGAACCAUCUGGAUGAAGAGCAAAGCUCAGGCUGUCAUCAUAUCGACCUGCCCUGGUGGCAAAACCUCUGCUGGCUGCACCAGUCGUGGGUUCAUAUCCAAGGCAAAGGUGAAAGCGAUAAAAUACAGCAUCGUAAUUAUCCUUGCAUUUGUUCUCUGUUGGAGCCCUUACUUUCUGUUUGAUAUCCUGGACAACUUUAAGAUACUCCCUGAGACCAAAGAGCGCUUCUACGCAUCCGUGAUCAUCCAGAACCUACCAGCCUUGAACAGUGCCAUCAACCCCCUCAUCUACUGCCUCUUCAGCAACCGCCUCUGCCCCCCUUUUGAGGAAAGAAGAACUCGAAGGCUGGGUGGAACUUCCCGGGAGAGGAGUGAUGGAGGGCAGGAGAUGCAGAUCCUGUCCAAACCAGAAUACAUCUAGCACAGACGAUGCUCUGCAAAGCCACACUGGGACCUGUACCGAG